AGGGAGAAGGGAGGGAGAGAAAAUUAAAAAAGGAGGGAGGGAGGGAGAGAGAGGAAGAAGAGGAGGAAAUGAGGGAGGAGAAGGCUGUAAGCUUGCACUGCCGACUCCACAGGAUCCAGGCACCAGUCAGGUAUUGGCCGCUCUGCACUACAUUAGAGAGACAUAAUGCUCAAAAUGCAGGUGCUUGGACAUACACCUCUCGUGGCUUCUGUAAAGCUGGGAUUUCCAGGCAGUCUGAGAAAAUGUCAUCAGACUCUCUUUCAGCUGCAAAGAUCAGCUCUGAGGUUUUGGAGAAUCUCAGGCAAACCGCUGCGAAGCAUUUUGGGAAGUCAGACAUUGAUGCCUCAGGGCUGGAGAGUGUGAUUGAGUCCAUUCUGAAGCUAGGUCUAAGCCAGGCUCAGGUUAAGCAGUUGCUCACUUUGAAUCCGAAAAUCGCUGUGCAACAUCCACAGAGGAGCCUCGCUGCGCUCAAUGUACUCAACCUCCUUGGCUUAAACCCAAGUAACAUUAUCAAGAUCCUGGAAAAAUGUCCAGAUCUGCUUGGAGCAAAGGCACAUCAACUUCAGCCACUUAUUGAGAAUCUACAGAAGUAUGGGCUGGGAGAAGGCAGUCUACAACGUGUCUUGGUGCAUUCCCCACAGAUCCUGAAUCUUUCUGCAAAACAGGUGAACAACACAGUACGUUUCUUCAAAGACAAGUGUAUUUUCACGGCUGCUCAGAUCACAGAAAUCCUCCGGACUUCACCUAAUGUCCUUUUUGAGAAAUUUGAAGAAUUGGAAUAUAAAUUCCAGUACGCCUACUUCCGAAUGGGUAUAAAACAAUCAGAAAUUGCAAAAUCCGCAUUGUUCCGGGUGUCGCUAGAAGAACUGAAGCAGCGUCACAUCUUCUUGGAACGACUAGGACUUUACCAGACUCCAGAUAAGAAGGGACAGACUCAGAUUGUAAACCCCAAACUGAAGGAUGUACUCUCCACCAGCGAGGACCAUUUUCUGACUCAAGUGGCCAGGUCAACCCAGGAAGAGUUUGACAUCUUUAAGAAGCUACUGAGCUGUGAGGAGAUAGAGAAAGAAGAACUUGAGUCCUCAGAAUGGGGAGACGAAGAAGAACUCGAGAAGGACUACAGCAGUGAGGAAGAUGAUGGACCACUUCAGAGAAAUCACUAAAGGUUAUAUUCAAGAAAGGGAUUAGAGUUGAUGAUUAAAUGGAGUAUUUGUGCUGGAGGAUACCAAUUAAAAUUGCAAAUGGGAAGCUACAAGCAUUAUUCAUUAAUUAAAAAAACAUUAUUCUCUGCUAGACUUUGUACAAAUGACCAUGUUUUAUACAGAUUUUAAAAUUGGUAGAGUGUAACUAUAAGCCAAUAUAGUGGAGAUUUAUUGUCGUUGGUUAGGUGCUAUAGCAAUACAGACCCUCUUUCAGUUACCGAUAUCAGCUAUUAGCCUGGUUGAGGUAAUUAUCUCUAGACAUAUGAUGCAUGUCAGAAAUAUGUUUGAAGUAAAUUAAUCUUGCAGGUUACAACACAGAGGAAAAGACCAAUGAAAACAUACUUUAAAAAAAAACAAAUGUGUUUAAGAUAAACUUUACUGUUCACACAGCGCAAAUACAAAAAUAGUGUGUAAAGGAUAAGAAGAUACAAAGCUUAAAUAAUUCAUUCUGGCACUUAGUAUCCUUAUGAAAUAUAUAAUAGAUUACACUUUAUAUAAUUAUAGUGCUGCUUGGUGAUCCCAAUAGGUUUGGCAAAGACUGGUAAAACAAUUCUAACGGUGUGUCUGACUUGUCUCAUAAGAUAUUGUAGGUGUUGAAUUACACAUCACAGCAUUUAGGUACCAUUGGUGAACAUGUGAUGACUGAUUAUAAACACUACAUAGAGCAGAACUUCAUAAUUUUUAUUUGUCAGACUAAGCCUUUUAGAUCAACAGGAGUUUUCAGCAGUAAUAGCCAGUUUAAUCAGAAGUUGGAAUUCGUGUCAUGUUUUGAAGGGAGUGCUGGACAGCAAAUCCUGGACAUUCCUAUGUAGUGUCGUAUAUAACAUAUUGUAUUUUAGUGGUAGAAGAGAAGCACAGAUGUGGAACCGAGUAAGUUUAACAGUGACAGAUCUGCUUUGAUAGCAUGAAACCCCCCCAACCUCCCCGACACCCUAUGCACACAGAUUUCUCACCAAGGGACCUUCCACUCUUGAAACCGGCUUUCAGUGGGGGAAAAAGUUUGGAAAGUGCUGGUUUAUAUACUCCCAACAAAAGAGUUAGUUAUAUUAUUAAAGAACAGCUGACCAUUUCUUUAGGGAGGUAUGAUUUGGAGAUGCCGAUGUUGGACUGGGGUGUACAAAGUUAAAAAUCACACAACACCAGGUUAUAGUCCAACAGGUUUAAUUGGAAGCACACGAAGGAGCGUCACUCCGAAAGCUAGUGGGCUUCCAAUUAAAACUGUUGGACUAUAACCUGGUGUUGUGUGAUUUUUAACUUUAGGGAGGUAUGUAGUGCAACGGUUAACAAUCUCUUAGCCAAGUUGCUUUUCUUUAGGAAUAGAAAUGAAACCAGCUAUUAAAAAUAAACUAGUACUAAACUAACUUAAACAAAAGUAUUAAUUUAAAAUAACUAUCCAUUUAACUUUAUUCUGUACUAAAGCAAUGCUUUAGUAGUAACUUUAAUGUGGAACAAAGCAAUGUUGGAGAACUCAAACUACAAUACUCUUAAUUGUAAAUCUACAAUAGUAAGUAGAGUGGGUUCUUUGAUAUGUUUUAUUGAGAUCUAAUUCAAUUAAUUUUUAUGGAAUGAGGUGGUGGAGGUUGGUGCAAUUACAACAUUUAAAAGGCAUCUGGAUGGGUAGAUGAAUAGGAAGGGUUUACAGCAAUAUGGACUAAGUGCUGGCAAAUGGGACUAGAUUAAUUUAGGAUAUCUGGUCAGCAUGGAUGAGUUGGAGGAAGGAUCUGUUUCUGGGCUACACAUCUCUCACUGAGAGAUUAUCACUUCCAUCACUAAAUGGUUUCACCAUUCAAUCUUUUGUUGUACAGUAAAAUGUAUAACUUUAGCAAGAAAUCAGUUGCAAUUUGAGAAAUUUACUGAAAUCAGUUUGAGAAGUAGCUGGAAACCUUAAGCAAGUGCAUUUCAUAGGUUACAAACAACAGCCAUAAAAUGAGAAUUAAACAGAAGUGUAGAAUAUUGGUGACUGAAAGAUUUCAGUUUUUAAAAAAAAAGUAUGCUGAACACAUUCACUUGGGAUUGGUGAUGAUCAACCAGACUCCAACGGUGACAAAGAACACCAUUCUGGCAAUUCAAUUGGAAUGAAAGAGCAAGCUCAACUCAUUGUGAAAUCUAAUGUAGAUUUCCAGGAUACUCUGAUCACAACUCCUUCAUAUUCACCUUUUCCAUGGAAUGGUUGCAAAGAACAAAAAUAAUGUUCUUGAAGUGUCUUAUUGAUGUUCAGCACCCUCAAUGUGUGACCUUAAAUAUUCAAACUUGUAAAAAACUUUUUGUGUCCUCAAUAAUAAAAGUGUAAAUCUAA